CUUGAAGGUGCAUCAUCUUGAGAAGCCACAGCUCACUCCAAGAUGCAGCACAUCUCCAUGGUCCUGCUAUGUCUGCUGCUUGUGACAUUGGGACCUCAAGAUAGCUUCAGCAGUAGUUUGGUUGAUUCGAAGCCUACCUGCUGCUUUGUCUUUCUGAAGAGGAGCCUUCCACACCAUCUCAUCAAAAACUAUGGUAUCACUAGCCGUUCCUGCCCCUACAAGGCUGUAAUGUUUACUCUGAAGAAAGGCAAAAUAUACUGUGCACAUCUCGAAGACAAAUGGGUUCAGGAUUACUUGAAGAAAAUGAAGAAAAUGAACAGUAGUGGCUCAAUUUAAAGCCAAAUUUGAGGGCCACCUCCAAUCAGAAAACUAUCCCGAUUCUACCAGUUGCUACUGUACUCCUCCUUCCUUUGUAUAUAUUGUAUGUUUAAUUGUCUAUGUCUAUGUUGUGUCCCUAGUUAGAGUGUAAGUUCCUUGAAGACAAGGAAGGCUUCCCCUCCCCCCACCCUUUUUGUCUUGUAUUCCCAGGACCAAGCACACUGCCUGACCCAUAGCAGACAACUGACAAAUGUUUGUUGAAUUGAAUUGAAAGCGGAUAUCCAACAAAGAGUGAAGACAAUCUGGGCAGCCUAGAGCCCUGUUCAUCCAGUAUUCCUUUACUGACAAUUUUGCUAGGCUCUGAAGCUUGAACUAGGUCUCGAUAAGCUAUUGUUAUGUCUUAUUUAUUGAUAGGUCUAAAACCUUUGAUUUCUGUAACCCAUCUAUUUCUUGGACUCUACUUGGAAAUAGAGGCAUAGCCUCAGUUGGCCUCAAACUGAGCAUCAUAAGGCAACAUAGCUGUGUUUGACUUGGAAUAAAUAUAACUUAUCUAAAUUAAGACAAAUAAAUGCUCUAACUCCA